AUGUCCGAGCCAGACAGAGGGCAUCCCUCUUCCCCAACCGAUGGCAACGGCAGCAACGGCAGCAACGGCAGGGAUGAUCAACGAUCUAUCUCGCCCGAAAGAUCGGAAUCGGGAAGCCAGAGACAAUAUCGAGAGAAUGAAAAUCAAAAUCGUGAGAAAGCCGACCAAGAGCGCGAAACCCCGGGGAAAAGCCCGCCACCCUCGAGACAUAUUCAUUUCCGGUCCCAAGCGAAUCUUGCCCAGGGAGCAGAACGCCAACAACCACGCGAUGAUCCCCGCGCGGAAUGGGACAGAUCUCACAAGCUGGCCAUACCACAUCGCCCGUCAAUGCCCUACCUCCAUGACUCAGAAGAUAUAACUGAUGCCCGACCGCAAGAUCAAGGGCAGGGCGAUCAAGAGGCUCAGGAGACAAAGGAAAAGCAACCCGAGGGAGCGCCGCCCGAACAGCCACCUUCAGUGGAGACCGGUCCAGACACAUUCAAUCUCGGAUACGCAAAGCGAAGAAUCCGUUCAGCAGCCGACAAGCUCAAGCAAAAGGCUGCCAAAUUUGGCGAAGUGCUGGGCCGUGAGACAGGCGGUGGAGAUGAUCUACAUCCCGGUGUGUACCACGCCGACUGGGCGUCUGGGAGUCAACCACCAGUAUCGGACGUAACGGACAAUAAACAUAAAUCUGAUGAAGAGAAGCGACAGCAUCAGGCUCAAAGUAGCUCGGAGGCCCAUCGGCUGGUGCGCGACUUGACGCAGAGUCAUUCCGGAAAACGGCGCAAAACGCGGCCAAAGCCAUAUCCGCAUGGGGGCAUGAAUUACAUUGGAGGGGAGGAUGAAUCAGCUUUGGAGUCUGGGCUGCGAUAUCGUUCUGGGGGUGGUGGAAUUCUCUCGCAGUUGAUCAAGUUGAAUGGUGGGAAUCAACAACAGGCAGGUGGGGGCUUGCCAUCUCGAACACCGAGUCAGUCAUCGCUGUCCGGGCCAGCUUCACGGUCGGACUCUGAUUCUGGACGAGGGACGCCUGGAAAGAAAACCAAACGGCCUAAAUGGUACAAAAGGCCGCCCAACACUUCGACCUCGACUCUAGUCGGAGCUUCGGGUGAUCUAAGCGGACCCAGUACGCCAGUCUCGAGCGAGGUGCUAUCUGCGGCAUCACAGCGUCGUGGCCAACAGGCCGAGCGCAAGACGAACCUGGAAGAUGAAAUCAGAGUGACUAUCCACAUUGCCGAAAUCAUCUGUCGACAGCGAUAUAUCAUGCAACUGUGUCGAGCAUUGAUGCUGUUCGGUGCGCCGACCCACCGGCUGGAAGAAUACAUGCAGAUGACCGCGAAAGUGCUGGAGGUUGACAGCCAGUUUUUGUAUCUGCCGGGUUGCAUGAUCAUGUCGUUUGAUGAUCCGUCUACGCGAACGACGGAGGUGAAACUAGUUCGAGUCGGGCAGGGUGUUGAUCUUGCUCGGCUGUCUGAUACUCACCUCAUAUACAAGAACGUCGUUCACGACGUGAUUGGAAUCGAGGAGGCCGUGCAGGAACUAGACGAUGUUAUGAAGAAAAAGCCCCGGUAUCCGAAGUGGGUUAUCGUGGUAGUGUACGGCCUAGCAACUGCAACUGUUGGUCCAUUUGCUUUCAGUGCUCGACCAAUCGAUAUGCCCAUCAUCUUCAUCAAUGGACUACUGGUAGGGCUGAUGCAGCAUGUGGCCGCGCCUCGAUCGGUUCUCUACUCAAAUGUCUUCGAAGUCACGUCGACAGUGGUAACAUCUUUCCUGGCUCGCGCUUUUGGCAGCAUCCCACGGGCGGUUAUCGAUGGCAAGCGUCAGUAUAUGUUCUGUUUUUCAGCAAUCGCGCAAUCGUCGAUCGCAUUGAUUUUGCCUGGCUUCCUGGUUCUAUGUAGCAGUCUCGAACUACAGUCCCACCAGAUCAUCGCCGGCUCAAUCAGAAUGGUAUACGCAAUCAUCUUCUCGCUCUUCCUCGGAUACGGCAUCACAGUUGGGACUACAAUUUAUGGUCUCAUGGACAACAACGCCGUAUCGGACAUUCAAUGUCCCCAAACAGGCGCAUUCAAGAAUCCAUACGUGCAACGUUUCCCGUUCGUGACCAUCAUGACUGUGUGGCUUUUGAUCAUCAAUCAAGGGAAAUGGAAGCAACUACCCCCAAUGACAAUCAUCGCGUUGUCAGGAUACAUCGGCAACUACUUUAGCACCAAAAAGCUGGGUUCAAACUCUCAAGUCGCCAAUACCGUUGGUGCAUUCAUCGUGGGGAUAAUGGGCAACUUGUAUAGCCGUUUAUGGCAUGGGCAUGCUGCUACCGCUAUCUUGCCGGCCAUCUUCAUUCUGGUGCCAUCUGGUCUUGCGGCCACAGGCUCUUUGAUUUCAGGUGUUCAAUCCGCAGAUCAGAUCAAGCAGAAUGUCUCUUCUCAUGGGUCGGCGAGUUCGGCGCCUGGAGCUGGAUUGGCAUCCAGUAGCUCGGAGUUCAGCUUGGGUUUUGGCAUGAUCCAGGUCGCGAUCGGAAUUACUAUUGGGUUGUUUAUCGCUGCGCUUUGUGUGUAUCCAUAUGGGAAACGUCGGAGUGGUUUGUUUAGCUUUUAG